UGUGUAUAUAUAUAUUUAUCUGGUAUGACUGAUUUCAACAAGUCUGAGAAAAUACAUUUAUUACCAAAUGGCUUGGAAUAACCCUAAUAGAAUUUCCUCAUUCCCCCCCUUGCCUUUCGACCACUGCAUUGCCCUGUCCAAACACUCGAACUCUUUUCACUGAGCUUUGCAAAAUUUCCUUCUGCUCCAAAGUAAAGCUGCCUUCCAUGUUGCAGACUGUGGCUGAGGGUUGGCCUCUCAUAACCCCUAAGUCCUGCUGAAUAUGCUUUUUCUUGACUGACUGCCAAAUCCUUGGCUGGAACACGCAGCUACGUGCACCUUGCCUUACAUGUUUCUUAGACGAGGAACAUCUCAGUCUGUACAAGUGCUGCCUUAACUUCUUUGUAUUCUUGUUCUGCUCUGGUGUGCCCUGCAUCUCUGAAUCCGAGGUUGUGCAAUGCUAAUGCAUUAGGUGUGAUGACAGAAGUGGGUUUCAUGGCGGGGUUAAUGUUGCUUCCGGGGUUAGGGCUAUCCAGGCACUGAAUCACAGCGGUGCUUUUCAGUGCCAUUUGUUACUUCCUGUGCACAGUGACAGCAACAGAGCAGGGUCUCAUCGUGGAGAAGAAAUACAGGUUCCCACUCUGAUCUUACCUAGAAUAGGAAUUUCCACUUUGUGCAAAUCAGCCGUAGGACUGACUGUGAGAUGUAAGAUAUAUAAAGCUGGCAAUGUGUGCUUACAUCAGAUGAUAACUUUCAAGAGGCUGAAAGAACUUUCUGCCUGUGAAUUUUUAAGUAGCCAGGAAUAUGGUGGAAGCAGUACUGAUCGAUCUGUUCGGCCUGCCAGACAGCUUGCACAACAACGUUCAAGGAAUACUGCGUAACACCCUGGAAACUAUUGAGAAGUGCUCUUCCACACCUGCUCCAUUUAUUUAUGUCAUGUGCUGCCAAGUGCCAGAGGGUGAAAGGAAGGGUGAGAAAGAAUCCUUGCUUCCAGCUCUGAGAGAUUUCCAGAGUUUGAAGAAAGGACUUGAGGUGGUAUGUGCUCAGAAUACAGCUGCUGUGUUGUACGCCAUCAAACAAAUACUUGAUGAAAAGGACUUAAGCAUCAUUAAAGUUAUUCUCCCCUCCCUAAGGAAAGAACUAAUGAAAAUAUAUAUAGACCAUCUCUUUACUGCAGUCUACCAGUUUGAAUUUGAGGAAUUAAGGGCAGCAUCUGAUUGUAAUAACCUGCAGACAAUUGGACCAAAGAGUGAAGAGCAAACAGUUGAUGUGGCACUGAUCCGAAGUGAGAUUCAGAUGCACUUGGAAAGCCUGCCAAGCCUGAAAGGAGAGCUCACCAUCCUCAAAUCUUCCCUAAUUCCAGAUGACAUCUUCCUACAUGGAUUCACCACAAGGACAGGUGGGAUCUCCUACAUACCAACUCUGAGCUCCUGCAAUCUUUUCAGCAGUUCUAAGCGGAGAGAUCCACAAGUUGUUGUUAAAGAAAACCUCCGCAGGCUUGCUACUGCUGCAGGAUUUAAUCCAGAGAACUUUCACAGAGUCAAGAUUGAUCAUGCUAAUGCUGUGUGUGUUAUGGGAAAGACAGAGCCUGACAGCUACGAUGGAAUAGUUACGAAUCAGAAAGGUGUUACAAUAGCAGCUCCGGGGGCUGAUUGCAUACCAUUGCUGUUUGCUGAUCCUGUCAGAAAAGCCUGUGGUGCUGCUCAUUCUGGAUGGAAAGGCACAUUAUUAGGAGUUUCCAUGGCCACAGUAAAUGCUAUGGUAUCUGAAUACGGCUGUAAUGUGAAAGAUAUCCUUGUGGUCCUGGGACCGUCCGUAGGACCUUGCUGCUAUAAACUUCCCCGUGAAUCAGCUGAAGAGUUUCACAGAAUUGAUCCAAAGUGUGUGCGACAGUUUGACUCUACAACUCCAUAUAUUGAUAUUAGAAGAGCAACACGGAUUCUUCUGGAGAGUGGUGGGAUUCUUCCUGAGCACAUCCAAGACGAUUCUGUCACAGACCAGAGCCAAAAUGUCACUUUCUGUACUGCAUGCCACCCUGAUAAAUUUUAUUCUCACUUUCGUGAUGGCACUAACUUUGGUACACAAAUUGGUUUUAUAUCAAUCAAAGACUGACAUAGUAUCCCAUAAUAUUUAGUAUUAUUUAGACAGUAAGUCUGGUUGCCUGUUAUCCUACUCUCCUCAUAGAAGUUCUUCCUUCUUUGUUUCAUGCACAUGCAAUGGGAAGUAUGAAGGACUUGAGAUUCUCCUGCUUCUUCCCUUCCCUGCCAUUCUGAGGAAAGAAGAGCUGCCUUGUGUAUUGAGCCAGUAAUUCUUGCAUGAGACAGGUUUCAAAGGAAAUAAGAACAAUUCACAGCAGUAAUGAAGCACUUCUGUAAUGCCAGAUGCAAGAUCCCAGCCAGAUGCACACCCCUAUUAUCUUGCCUUCUUGAUCAAAUAUUUCCCAUAACCCUCACUAUCAUAGGGUAGUAAAAACACACACGUCACACACAGUUGGAACUGGAUGGGCUUUAAGAUCCCUUCCAACCCAAACCAUUCUGUGCUUCCGUGCUAUAGUUACGGCAUGUGAACAGCGAGACUUCCCAUUCUCUUCAAGUUCGGUAGUGUUUUGUCCACUAGAGGUCAGUGCUCGCUCACUUUGCUCUUCCAUCCUCGGCUGCUGUGUGCAUUUGGGUUUUCAGACAAGUUUGCAGAGCACAGUAGAGCUCUUUAGCCUAUGUCAUCAUCUGUUGUGUUAUUCCGAUACGUGUGCUUGAAGAGGAAUCUAUUCUUCAUUCGGUUGGGCUGUGAUUCAGAACUGACCAAAUUAAAAGUUUCUUUGUCCUCUGGGAGAACAGAUACUUUUAAAACGUUCCAUUUACUUAUGAAUGGCACUUAUCAGGGAAGGACUUGCUACUGAGUACGUUGCCCUCUGUACAUUGCCAAAUAUUUCACCCCCAAGUCUCCUACUUCAAUAGAAAUAUUAUCUCUACUGUAGUACCACAGUUCUUCAGAGUAGAGAUCCAGUUCCCUCUUAAAAACCUCACCAUGACUUUCAUCAUUCUUGGUUUCUGUAAAUUCACUGUGGUGACGUUCACAGCUGGGGUCAGACUGGAUGUGCAAGAUCCACAAGGGACAAUGCUCUUCAGCUUAUUGCUACCAAGCACGUCACUGCAAGGCAGCUAAUUGCAUGUGUAGCAUGUGUAUGUAUUGUGCGUAUGUAUAUAUGUGUAUUAUCAACUACUCCAAGUAUUAAAUGAUAUAAGUACUCUUAAAAACUUGUCUUGUUGCACUGGGUUAAAGAAUAGUAACCUGCUUUCACCUUUCAGUUCUGCCCCUUUGCCCAAAAAUCUUGUGUGAACCACUUCAUGGGCACCAAUUGAUGUAGCAGGGGAAUGAUCCAGGCAUCUCCCCUUUUGCUGUUUCAGCACCGUGCUGCCUUCAUUCAGUCCCUGCACCUACAGCUCUGACAGAGCUUGUCAGUUUCCUUCGCCUAAUCCCCUUCCACAGUGGAUUGAGAGCAUGCUAUCAAAAGCAGUGAGUUACUCAGCUUACAAGGUACUGCUCAGCUGCUGAAGCACAUUAGUACCCACGUGCCUGCUGUUAGCCCAGCUCACCUCCUAGAUGGCUUUACACUAAUGCAUUUUGCUUUGUAGAGAGUAAGAAGACCUUGAAGCCGUGCUAGUUACCACAGUUCAAAUGCUCAAACAGCACAGUAAUUUACAUUAACUCGACUGUGAUAGUAAGCCCUGGCUUGUUACUACUUGCUUCAGAACAAUAGCAAAGACUCUUUCUCCUUAAAGAAAUAUCACUUACAGGUCAUGGUAGGACUAUGCAAGCUGGACAGAAUGUGGGAAUGAGAAGAAACAUCACAGGCUUUACCUUUUAGAAAGCAAAUUGAUUCCAAGGUCUUUGUUCAUUAGUUCUUAUGCACUAAAUUACCUACACUGUAAACCUGUCAAGACAGGAAGCGGGCUUUUGUA